CUCGUCGCCACCGGCCACAUCGACAAGGCCGCCAUCAUCAGCGUCGCUGGUGACAGUGUCUGGGCCACCUCUUCUGGCUUUGAUAUCAAGCCCGAGGAGAUGAAGGUCAUCGCCAGCAUUGUCAGCGGUGACAGUGCCGCCAAGGACAAGGCCUUUGCUGACGGUCUCUUCAUUACCGGUGAACGCUUUGUCGUGGCCAGGGCCGAGGACCGCAGCAUCUACGCCCGCUCUGGCCGCACCGGUGUCGCCAUCGCCAAGACCAAACAGGCCAUCAUUGUCGGCCACCACGGAGAGGCCCAGGUCGCCGGAAACGUCAACUCGACCGUCGAGGGUCUCGCCGACUACCUCAUCGGACUAGGCUACUAG